AAUGAAUUAGGGUUUCAGCAUACAUAUAAAAGGUUAAUAUUAAACCCCCAAUCUCCUCUCCCCCUAUACCCUAAACCCCCAAUCUGAGCAGCAAAAGCAAAAUCUGGGAGAUGGCGACGGUGCCAGGGCAACUGAUCUGGGAGAUAGUGAAGAGGAACAACUCUUUUCUGGUGAAGGAGUUCGGGAGAAGCCACGCCGGUGUGCGGUUCAGCAAGGAGCCCAACAAUCUCCUCAAUCUCAACACCUACAAGCACUCUGGGCUGGCAAAUAAGAAAACUGUGACCAUUGAGGCUGUGGGUAAAGAUCAAUCUGUGUUGUUGGCAACAACUAAGACCAAGAAGCAGAACAAACCUGCUGCUUUGCUCCAUAAGUCUGUGAUGAAACAGGAGUUUCGCAGGAUGGCCAAGGCAGUCGCAAACCAGGUGGCAGAUAACCACUACAGGCCAGAUCUGAAAAAAGCAGCCCUCGCAAGGUUGAGUCUUGUUCACAAGAGCCUCAAGGUUGCCAAGUCUGGUGUCAAGAAGAGGAACAGGCAAGCUGUUAGAGUCUAUGGCAGGAAGUGAGUUAUAGGGGGCUGAUACACUAGUGUUCUUUUCAUGAUUUUGGAUUUGAUUGGAUCGUCCUUGAAAACUAUGUAUUCGGAUUUUGGGGAUUUUAUUCAGUUUGUUUUGCAAAAUAUUCCUGGAUAUGAAAAAAAAAAAAUCGACCAA